GGCCCCGCCCAGGGAGCGGCGGCGGCGGCGGCGGUAUGGAGCGGCGGCUCCCGGGGCUGUCGGCGCUGGGUGUGCUGGGCCGGCGGCUGCUGUGGGCGCUGCCCGCCUACGCCGCGGGGCUCCUGGGGCUGGGGGCGGGCGCGCUGGUGCUGGCGCUGGCGCUUUACGCCGGUUGGCGGCGGCGGCGGCGCGCCCGGCAGCGCGGGUUGGAGUUGGCCGCCCGCCUGCAGCGCGACGAGGAGGCCGCCGUGCGCGCCGCCGCCGCCGCCGGGCUGGGCGCGGCUGCCGGGGAGCUGCCGGCAUGGGUGAGCUUCCCGGACGUGGAGAGGGCGGAAUGGCUGAACAAGGUGCUGGCGCAGGCCUGGCCCUUCUUCGGGCAGUACAUGGAGAAGCUGCUGGUGGAGAACAUCGCCCCGGCCAUCCGGGCCUCCAACACCCACCUCCAGACCUUCACCUUCACCAGGGUGGACAUGGGCGAGAAGCCUCUCCGGGUCCUGGGGGUCCGGGCUCACCCCGGCGCCCACAAGAAGCAGAUCCUGCUGGAUCUCAACAUCAGCUACGUGGGUGACGUCCAGAUCGACGUGGAGGUGAAGAAGUUCUUCUGCAAGGCGGGGGUGAAAGGCAUGCAGCUGCACGGGAUGCUGCGGAUCAUCCUGGAGCCCCUCAUCGGGGACGUCCCCAUCGUGGGGGCCCUCACCAUGUUCUUCAUCCGGCGGCCGACCUUGGACAUCAACUGGACGGGGAUGACCAACCUCCUGGACAUCCCGGGGCUCAGCUCCAUGUCGGACACGAUGAUCAUGGACGCCAUCUCCUCCUACCUCGUCCUUCCCAACCGCCUCCUGGUCCCGCUGGUCCCCGACCUCCACGAUGCCGCCCAGCUCCGCUGCCCCCUGCCCCGGGGGGUGGUGCGGGUGCACCUCCGGGCCGCCCGGGACCUGCGCUCGAAGGAUCGGUUCAGGGGGCUGGUGGAGGGCAAGUCGGACCCUUACGCCGUCCUGCGGGUGGGCACCCAGGUGGCCACCAGCCGCGUCAUCGACAACAACCUCAACCCCACCUACGAGGUCUACGAGUUCAUCGUCCACGAGGUGCCGGGGCAGGAGAUGGAGGUGGAGCUGUUUGACAAGGACCCCGACCAGGACGAUCUCCUGGGCAGGAUGAAGCUGGAUUUUGGGGAGGUGCUGAAGGCCCGGGUGCUGGAGGAGUGGUUCCCGCUGCAGGAGGGGGGCCGGGGGCGGCUGCACCUGCGCCUGGAGUGGCUCUCCCUCAUGGCCGACGCCUCCAAGCUGGAGCAGGUUUUGGAGAGGAACCGGACGAUCGUGGCCAAACCCGCCCCGUCUGCCGCCAUCCUGGUCGUGUACCUGGACCGGGCCGAGGAGCUGCCCAUGAAGAAGCCGGGCAAGGAGCCCAACCCCAUGGUGCAGGUCUCGGUGCAGGACGUCACGCAGGAGAGCAAGGUGGUCUAUAACACCUCGGCGCCCGUCUGGGAAGACGCUUUUCGCUUCUUCCUGCACGACCCCGUCAACCAAGACGUGGACAUCCAGGUGAAGGACGACCCCCGUCAGGGCAGCCUGGGGUCCCUCUCGCUGCCCCUCUCCCGCCUGCUGCAGGCGCCGGAUCUCACCCUGCACCAGCCCUUCCAGCUCCAGCGCUCGGGGCCCGGCAGCCGCCUCCACAUGAAGCUGGUCCUGCGGGUGCUCUUCUUCGACGCCCCAGAGAACGCUGGCCCCCCACCCACCCCCCCAGGGCAGCUAGACCCCCCUGCCAGCACCGGCGGCACCCACCGGCCCCCCCAGGCCAGCCCCGACCCACAGUUCGGCACCGAGCGCGUGCUGCGGAUCCACCUCCUGGAGGCCGAGAACCUGGUGGCCAAAGACAACUUCUUCAAGGGGGUGGUGCGGGGCCGCUCCGACCCCUACACCAAGGUCCGGGUGGCCGGGAGGGUCUUCCGCAGCCGCGUGAUCAAGGAGGACCUCAACCCCCGCUGGAACGAGGUCUACGAGGCCAUCGUGGACAACAUCCCGGGGCAGGACGUGGAGUUCGAGCUCUUCGACAAGGACAUCGAUAAGGACGACUUCUUGGGCCGGUGCAAGGUGCCGCUGAGGCGGGUGCUGAGCAGCUGCGUCGUGGAUGAGUGGCUGCCCCUGGAGGAGGUGAAGUCGGGGCGGCUGCACGUGCGGCUGGAGAGCCUGGACCCCCGCCCCAGCGUCGCCCUCCUCCAGCAGGUAACGGCCCCCGGGACACCAGGUGCCUUCGCCAGCCUGGCCGUGCGUGACGUCUCCGUCAAGACCAAGACCUGCGCCCCGACGGCCGAGCCCGUGUGGGACGAAGGCUUCUCCUUCCUCAUCAAGCGGCCGCACGUGGAGUCGCUGGAGCUGCAGGUGAAGGAGGAGGGGGGGGCAGCCCCUGGGGGCCCUCAGCCUCCCCUGCCCCAGCUCCUGGCCUCCGAGGGGCUGGCGCUGGACGGAUGGUUCCCGCUGGCCGGGGGGGGGCCCGGCAGCCAGAUCCUGCUGCGGGCACAGCUGGGGGUGCUGGUGUCGCAGCAGGCGGAGGCGGGGGCCGGCGGCGUGUCCCCGGCUGGGGGGGACGCUGCCCCCCAGCCCGCCGAGGCGCCGGGGGAGGAGGAGUGUGGGGCUGGGGGGCUGCGCCAGCGCCUGCCCCCGCCCGAUAGCCGCCCGGAGCCGGUGGAGGGUCCCCUGGGCCGGCUGCAGCUGACGCUCUGGUACCACGGGGCCGAGCACAAGCUGGUGGCCAUCGUCCACGCCUGCAGGAAGCUGAGGCCGGUGUCGAAGGAGCCCCCCGACCCCUACGUGUCCCUGGUGCUGCUGCCCGACCGCAGCCGCGGCUCCAAGAGGAAGACGAGCGUGCAGAGGAAGACCCUCAACCCCGACUUCAACGAGAGGUUCGAGUGGGACGUGUCCCUGGAGGAAGCUUCGCGGCGCAAGUUGGAAGCUCACGUCAAAUCCAGCCCGUCCUUCAUGGCGCGGGAGAAGGAGGCGCUGGGGAAGCUCCAUCUGGACUUGGCGCAGGUGGAUCUGGCCGAGGGGGGGGCCCACUGGUACGACCUGCAGGAGGAGCGGAGCAGCCCCUAGAGCUGGGGCCCCCCCCGGACCCCAUCGUGCCUGGGGCAGUAGGAGGGUGGGGAGGGGGGGGACAGGCCCCCCCCCCCCCCCCCGGG